AUGCAGGAAGAAGUUUACUUGAAGAAAGUUUUGCGACAACUCUUUCAUGUAAAAACGUUAGAUCAACUUUGUUGGCGUCGAAGGAGAUUAUGUAAAAAAAUAAAAUUAUCGCAAUUGUCAGGCCAAGAACUGAAAAGAGUGAAAACCCUGCACACGUACCAUAAAAUUUAUAAGCAUGUGGACUGGACUGUCGCAUUCUGCGCUGUCAGCUAUAAUACUCUGCCACUUUGAAGUGCUGACUCCUAUUUAUGUUAAAAAAUGGGCGAUGCAGAUCCUUUCAGCAACGCUCCUGGUGUCGGACGAUCUCUCGAUGAUGCUGCAAGAUAUACCGCUCUUGAUGCACGGUGGCGAAACUCUGGUUGGCUAAGGUGUCGACGUUUCCAUAAGUGUGGCGAAUCUUCUGGCCGAUAUACCCAAGGUUCCAGCUACGAGGGCGUUACAUUAUUAUAUACAGAGCUUUUAUGGUUAUAGCCCGGUCACCAGAGUAAAUAGAUCAACAGGAGAAAGCAGAGAAAUAUGAUUCUAU